AUGUCAGCUGCUACCAUGUCUACGAGAAAUGACUCGGCGGGUAAAGUGGCUACACUUUGGGCAGGUGAAGGGCAAGCUUCGAAUACCACCUCGUCAGUCGAAGAGAAUGUCGCCUAUCGGUUUGUUCUCGAUCGCAAGGUUCAAACGAUAUCGAGCAACAGCAUUCCCGAAGACGGAUUGGUAUCAGGCCUCUUGUUUGUGCCCAGUAUAGACCCGCAUGAUCCGUGCUAUGACAUUACGGCUUCGUCUGUCCCGCCAAAUGUGACACGCUAUGAAGAUGUGUCAGAGUUUGGAUACUCCUUAGUUGGCCUUGCUCCAUGGGUAACAGCCGAAUGUUCGCUAUCGUUCCUCUCUGCCGCCCAAAAGGUCGGCACGCAUGCUAUGAUCUUUUUCCAGCCGUCAGACAACGAGACCAGCCUACCACCUGACUCAAAUGACUCUCGCUGGGCAAUCAACGACGGAGAUAAAUGGAGAAUGGACAACAAUUACCCAGUGUAUGCUAUUCCAGGGCCAGCUGGAAUCUCAUUGAUCAAUGAUCUCUCAUGGUAUUCAGCUGAGACACCAGAAAGCAAGCGAGAGAACUUGACCGAGGACUUUACGAUACAGACCAAGACUAGCCGAUUGUUUGCUAGGAUUGAAACUGGCGAAGACACUACACCGGCUACGAGCGUCUGGAGUUUUGUACUUGCAAUUGCAGGAACAGUUCUAAUACUCAGUAUUCUCCUAAUCGUUGUUUAUCGACUUGUCCUGCGCAAGAGACGGGCUCAGCUCCAGAGACGUGUUAAUGCAGGUCAAGUCGACAUCGAGGCCUUGGCAUUGAACCAAAUGAUGGCCCCCCAAGAGGUCGUUAACAAGAUGCCACUUUAUACAUACUUGGAGAUCAGCCCUCCGACAGAAGCGACUCUUCCACAAGAUAAUACAUCGGCGAAUCCAAUAGAGCCUGAUUCUGGCGACAAGACCAACUCACUGUCGCCCAACGAAGAAAACCAUGCCAAGGACGAUGCUGGCAUCCAGAAGCCAGAAGCAGCGGUGAUAAAACCUGGACAGAAUGAUUCUUCCAGAAGCAAGUACCGUCUGAGCUACACCCAAACAACUUGUGCUAUUUGUCUCGACGAUUUUGUUGCUGGAUCAUCUACAGUCCGCGAACUGCCGUGUGGACACAUAUUUGACUCAGCUUGCAUCGAUCCAUUCCUGACUCAGAACUGCUGCCUUUGUCCUCUAUGCAAGAAGACCGUCUUGCCAGCAGGCUCGUACUAUAUCUCCGUGACCAAUGAAAUGGUCGAACAAGAGUAUCUUUCGAGGCGCUCUUGA